AUGGCGUCAGCAAGUGGAUACAACUGUCGAUUUCCGGGGUGCACUGCAAAAUACCAGCGGAAGGAGCACCUCAGCCGCCACGAGGCGCAACAUACGCGACGUCGGGUCGUACAAUGUCCAACGUGUGCUCGAGAAUUCGGUCGAAGCGAUACGCUGCGACGACAUAUCCAGACCGUGCAUGGCAUAGCGGACCCCGGCCCCCAUAUCAAACACGCAUGUACGCACUGUCGGAACCAGAAGAUUCGGUGCGAGGGAGGCCCACCGUGUUCCAAUUGCCAGCGGCGCGGAAUCGAGUGUUCGCUUAGUCGUACGCUCCAGGAGGAACGAGCAGUCCGGCCGGGUAUGGGUCUCAGUACAGCGACAGACACACAGCCCACAGUGUCACGCUCGACUCCUCCGCAACCCAGAUUACGCCGCAUGGAGAUCGAAGAUCGCUUUGUGAGCAGGUACUUUGAGCUGUUUCACCCGUACUGGCCGUUUAUCCAUCGGGCGUCAUUCAUCGAGUACGAGACGCCGUUGCUCGUUCAGUCAAUGGUUGUCAUUGCGUUGUGGAUGGGUGGGGAGGAGGAGGAGCGAUCAAAAGCAAUUAAUCUACAUCGAGUCCUGGACACGGCUCUGCGGCAGCAAACGGACCAAUGGGACGGUUCCGAAGCAGAAGACGCGACCCCUUCAUGCAAAUGGCCGAUACCAACAUACCAAGCGAUCCUGCUCCAUAUUAUAUCCGUAGGGAUGAUGAGAGGGGGCGGGAUACUCCCGCCAGACCUCAAACCCUCUCUCGCUCCUGCCGAUGCCGACCUCCUCCAACGACUCGUCACAAGUUGCAAAAAGCUGGGAAUGUUCUAUUAUCCGAAUAUCCUUGCGCGCUUCAACAAGAACGAACCGCCUACGUAUGUUUGGGUUAGUACCGAAGAGAUUAAGCGGUUCAACCUGGCUCUGUAUAAAGUGUGCAUGGCGUUCAGUGGAUCGAGCAGCGAGGGUAUAGACAGCCUCAUCGAUGCGGGUAGAGGGGACACAUCACGCUGGGGCUUCUCAGCACGGGACUUGCAGUUUCCGUUGCCGGGGAAUCUGCAAUUGUGGAACGCUCUCAGUGCAGAGGAAUGUUUCGCUGCAGAUUUAGAAGACGUGUAUCGGCACAAUCUCGACGAUACGUUGGAACAAGAAUGGAUCUCGACGUCCGCGGAGAUUUUGGAGAGAGUUGGGACGUGA